AUGCCUCUCAGCAUGGGCAACCUCUCUAGCUUAUUAAAUUUGGAUGUGUCGAAUAAUGAAUUUUCUGGACUUAUACCGGAUGCUUUGGGCAACCUCACUACCUUGACACGUUUGGAUAUGUCAUCUAAUGAAUUUUAUGGAUGUAUACCAAGUGCUUUGGGUAAUCUCGUCAAUUUGGAGGAAUUACACUUAUUUGAUAACAAUAUUUCUGGUCAAAUACCAGAAAACAUUGGCAGACUUCACAACUUGAUGUAUUUUGAUGCAACAAUGAAUAACUUGAUGGGACAACUACCGUUGAGUUUAGCUGAUCUAUGCAACUUGGAGAAUCUGGAUUUGUCAAAGAAUAAUAUUGGUGGAGAACUAACAAAUCUACUUGAUGGUUUGUCUAAAUGUCCACAAGGAUCCAAGUUACAAUACUUUGCAAUGAGUGACAAUAAGUUCAUUGGAUCAAUCCCUUCCAGUCUCGGACAAUUAACUCAACUGGAAUUCCUGGUUAUCUCAUCAAAUUUAUUACAGGGCAACAUGACAGAUUCUCACUUUUCCCAGCUCACCAACUUAAAGAGUUUGGAUAUCUCUUAUAACUCCUUGAAUUUGAUUUUAUUAGAUGAUUGGCUUCCUCCUUUUCAUGCUUACCAGAUUUAUAUGAGCUAUUGCCAUUUGGGAACUAGAAUUCCUUCGUGGAUUCAAACACAAACAACUUUGAGAUUUUUAUCUUUAUCUGGAGUUGGACUUUAUGGAAAUAUUCCAAGUUGGUUCUCAGAUUUCAUUUUCAAUACUUCACUAGUUUACCUUGACAUAAGCUCAAACACUUUGACUGGUCAAUUACCUUCUAGUUUAUCUAUUUAUAUGGAUCUAUCAAAUAACUCUUUUGAAGGAACAAUUCCAUUGAAUUAUAGAAAUCCGGAAGCUGUUCACAUAUUAUUGUUGUCUAAUAAUUAUAUCAAUGGUUGUUUGCCGGCCUUCUUUUGCAAUUUCACUAUGUUAAGGAUACUACACCUAUCCAACAAUUACUUGUCGGGCGAGGUCCCAAAUUGCAAUGGCUCAUAUCCAAUUAGUUUGCACUCCUUGCACAUGAACAAUAACAAUUUGUCAGGACCAUUUCCUUCUGUCUUAAGAAAUUAUAAAGAAUUAGUAACUCUUGAUCUUGGUGGGAAUAUAUUUUCUGGUAAAAUACCAAAUUGGGUGGGAAGGAGCUUCCCGUUGCUAAAGUUUCUUCGUUUGAGCUUAAACUCAUUCGAUCAUGCUAUUCCAACAAAUAUUGGAAAUCUUACUUCCCUCCAAGUUUUGGAUCUUUCGUUCAACAAUCUUAUUGGCACUAUACCUUCCUCUAUCUCAAAUUUCAGUUCUAUGAUUGUGAAGCAAAACUAUACUGAUCACCUAUUGUAUGUUGAGAUUCAAUAUAAUAAUCCUUAUCACUAUCUGUUUUAUCGGGGUGGGGCUCCCCUGAUGGGAAAUAGUUUCAAGGAUAACAUUAUAAUAACUGCAAAAGGGUUAACCAAUGAAUACACUAGUGCUCUUAGUGCAGUGGCAAGCAUAGACUUAUCAAACAAUAAUAUUUCUGGUGAGAUUCCGAAAGAGAUCACGAAGCUGCAUGGAUUGGACUUCCUCAACUUAUCCAACAACCAUUUGACAGGAAGGAUUCCAGAAAAUAUUGGUGCCAUGAAGGAAUUGGAGUCUCUUGAUUUGUCAAUGAACUAUCUCAUGGGAGAAAUUCCUGCCGAACUAUCUACUCUAAGCUUUCUAGAAUCCUUGAAUCUUUCCCACAAUAAUUUGUCAGGAAGAAUCCCAACAGGCGGUCAAUUGUCAACCUUCAAUGACUUGAUCUAUGUUGGCAAUGAGGGCCUUUGUGGUGUGCCACUUCCAGAGUGUCUCGAUGAUGACGAUAAUCAUUCACCAUAUCAAGCAGAAGAUGAUGACAAGCUUGAUAGAGUUCUAGAUUAUGCUAUUAUUAUUAUGGGAUUUAUAGUUGGAUUCUGGGCAUAUUUGGGCGUAAUAUCCAUUAAAAAGAGGACAAGGAUUACUCUCUUUCAGAUGGUGGACAAUAUGUAUGACUGGAUGCUCUUACUGAAGUUUACAAAGCUGAAGUUGAAAUGGCAAGAAAAGAGUUUAAGCACUUGAAUUUU